AUGUUGUUCACCGGAACAGCAGCGAAACCGAAACGUGACGAGAAAAAAGAGAAAAAAUCGGAUCGAGAUGAGAAAUACGAUAUCCAGGAGAGUGUGUUCGUACGAUGGGGAAAUUCGUUGCUCGCGAACGAACCGUUGAAGGAUUUUCGUGAUCUUAGCGAUUUGAAAUAUAUCAAUUCAAUUGCAAAUAUUGCUACCGGGAUUAAUUCCAAUUUGACCGGAAAUCGCUACGAAGACUGUUGCACUCUGUUGAAUAAUGUUAACGACAUGAAAACAUCACCGCAAGAACUGGCCGAAUCUCAACAGAAGGCGGUGUUGGCAAUGUGGUGGGAUUUAGUGCAAACUUUCUGGAAACGAUUUGGUCCGGAUCCGAUUCGAGAAGAAAAGUUAUCUGAAGCCAUUAAACAAUGGUGUUUGGAGGUGACGAAAGACUAUGAGGCAGUAUCCGUGUGUGAUUUUACGUCAUCAUGGAGGGAUGGAUACGCGCUGAAUUGUUUAUUGCAUUCUUUCGAUAGCAAAUUGGUGGAUUUGUCGGUGAUUGCGGAAAGUACAGCUACGGAUCGGAUCGAAUAUGCGUUCGCAACAGCCGAGAAACGAUUCAAAGUGGCUCGCCUUCUAAACGUGAAAGAUCUCCACAGUGAACAUUUGGAUUCACAUUCCAUUGUGUGCUAUUUGAUGACAUUAUAUUUAUCGCUACUUGGCAAAAGUUCCAUUGGUACGCUCCAGAAUACGGAACCAUCCGCGAAUCCACAAGAUCGAUCAGCACCAAGUCCCCAACGUUCCGAGGUCGUUCGGACAUCGAUAGAAGAAACGAAAACGGCGGCUGUAGCUAAUCCACUUGCAGAGGCUGGUCCAGCCUUUUCCACUACGUUACGCUCUUCACUUGGUCAAUCAACGGAAACUGCUUCCGUUCAACAACAAUGUUCUACGGCUCCAUCCACUUCGACAUCAUUGGCGACUUCGGAAUCAGUUUCUCGUCCGAAAAAGCUACCGAUGCAAGCAAGUAUUGAUCAACCUGAGCCCGAACAAAUCCGAUCGAGAAAAUCCUCGUCGUCCAGCCAGAAAUCGAGUAAAAGUAGGCGUGCACGUAAAGAGGAGCUUACACGAGAAUUUGAGAAUUGUUUGGAGCAGGUACUCACAUGGUUAUUGGAAGCGGAGGAAGAGUUGAGUUUAUUGGAAAAAGUGGACGAGGAUGACCUAAAGGUGGUACGGAAACAGUUUAAGGAUUUUGAGAAUUUUAUGGGAUCUCUUACGGAAAGUCAAGAUACGGUUGGAAGAGUACUACAUAGAGGUCAGCUAUUGGUCGGAAAGGCUGAAAACGAGGAGGAAAGGGCCGCCAUCGAAGGACAAUUGCGAUUGGUGAACGGCAGAUGGGAGGAGCUUCGAGAACUUUCCAUGCAGCGACAAAACGCUCUACAACUCACUUUAAACCGAUUACAAAACAAGCAACUAGUCGCAAUUGAUAAAUGGUUGAGUGAAGUGGAAGAAGAGAUGAAGUCAUGUGAACCGCUGGCGGAUAGUCAAGAGGCUUCGCUACGUCAGAUCGAAGCUCAUACGAAAUUACAAGCGAAAAUCCAUGCCUUUCAGGAAACUAUCAACGAUCUCAAUUCGUUUGUCGCUGUGGUCGAUGAGGGCGAUUCCUCCGACGAACAUGUGGGCGCCUUGGAGUUGAGCCUCCAAUCGAUUGGAGAACGGUGGCGAGCGAUUUGCGAAUGGGCUGAAGUGAGAGCUUCACAACUGGAUGGCUUGGCAGAGUUGUGCGCUCAUACGACUGAGGUGUUCGAUACGCUCAACGAAUGGCUCAAAGAGAGGGAACAUGAGCUACUCGGACUAAAAUCUGCUCAUCACUUGGAGGAGCCGGAACAAGUUACCGAGCAGGUUCGUAAGUUACAAAAAGCUGAAGCGGCACUGGAAGCUGAGCACAGUUCCUUUGUAAGGCUUUCUCAGUUGAGUUGUGAACUCAUGGGUCGGCUUGAGAAAGGCAAUGGUGCAGCUGCGAACGAAGUUCGACGACGAUUAGAUACUGUAACACAACGAUGGGACAACCUUGUAGCGCGUAUUGAGGAACAUAGUAGAAUGCUCGUUCAAAGUGGAAAAGCCGACGUGCGGCAAUUCUCCGCCGGACCGCAUUUAGGUCCUUCGGCUAUUGAACAGAAUCUGAAAGCGGAUCGCGUUGUGAAGCCGAGUGAGUCCUCCUUGAAAGUAACCACUAUGGAGGAGCUGGCAGCAGAUCGUAUGGAAACAACGACGGAUAGUGAGCCGGAAGAGCCCACGAAUCAGAUUGUGGAACGAUUCCUGAAACAUGUUGCAAAGUUAACCGCUGAAAUGCAACCGCUGCAAGCAUGGACAUCAACAUUUGCGGUGUCAAAGAAACCAGAUCAAGUCCGAAAAAUGAUCAGUAUCUGCCAGGAAAAACUGAUCGAGAUCAAAGAUCAAGAGGCUAAGGUGAAUCGACUGCAGCUCGAACUCGAACAUAUGCAUCUGAGCUCGGAUCUAACUCCAGCGCAUUUAAAACAAGCUAACGACGCUUUCGAAAAAUUUGCAAAGGGUUGGGCACGAAUAGUGACGAAGAUCAGCGAGGCGAUGAACGUGCUCACCGGGCAUGACGAAACCGACGAGGAGCAAGUGGUGGCGAAAGGAAUCGAGCAAUGGAUUGAGGGUUGCGACAAAGUUCUAUCAGAGCUUACACGAACAACAAAAGAAGAACGAACGAAACGGCUUACUAAACUACAACAACAACUGGAAACGCAGCAAAAUAAUCUAUCGUUUAUCGAAAAAGAUCCGCUGAAGAAAGCGAUCCUAAAAAAAGGACUUGAUAUCAUUAGAAAACGAAUCGAUGGCAUGACAGAGGAACCUUCUACAUCGGUCUCCGAAGAUGACCUUAACGCUGAACUUGAAGGCGAGUGGUGUACGGUAGGAGAUGUGAGCGCGUUGAAUAAAGAGGUGGAAAGAGCGGAUAAAGCAGUGGAAACGGCAAGAAAUGGUAAUAUGACCAGUGAAACAGUAGAGAAGGCGGAGACAAGAAGAGCAGAAAUGGUCGAAAGAAGACGUGCCACAACGGCAGCGUUGGAGAAGAUGAAAGCAGCGGAGGAGGGGAUGCAAAGCAUAGCUGCAUCCGUAGAAGCGACGAGUAGCAGUGAUAUAUCGUUGGCAGGAACGAUCACAGAACUACAACACGCCCGAGAACGUCUAACUUCCUAUGAGAAUUUGAAAAAAGAAGCGGAAAGAGCUGCUGAGAAGAUGUUAGCCUUGGAUGAUAACGUGCCACAAAUCAUAAUGGCAUCCACUCGGACUCGUAUACGAGAACUUGGUGAUCGAUGGCGAGAGCUGGAAAAUACGAUCGAGGAUCAUUUGAAUUGUGCUAGAAAGGAACAAAAACGAUCCGUAAAAAAAUCAAUCAAUAGAGAAGAACGAUUUCUGGAGGAACUUGAGAAACGAUUGGCUGAUAGUGAAAAAGCAUCGGAUGCGGAGGAAUGCUGUGAACAUCUGGAUAACCUAGAAAGCCUUCUGGAACGAGUAAAUACGUCGCUAGAAGUGGACGAAGCCGCGCUAUCGAUGGACGAAUCGUUCGUACGCGACUCGUUCGCCCGGCUGAACGAAUCACGACGGCGUCUGGCGGACGCGACUCGCGAACGAAUUGCCGUCUUGUCGCGUGCGGUAGCCGAUUGUGAACGAUUCGAGAAACAAAUGGCUGAUAUUCAACAAUGGAGUUUACAUGUGUCCACUUUGUUGGAUUUAAGGAAAAGCGGUGACAUCUCAGCGUUGGACGUUCCUGAUGAGUAUAAGUCCGCAUAUGAGUCGGGAACUUUGGUGCAAGAAUUGGCUCGUGAGUUCGCAUCGUGGACAUCGGCUCUGGAUGAAACCGCCGUAUGGCUUGAGGAAGGUGACAGAAAACGAAAUCAACGAUUCCAUGAUCAGUUUACGCAUGCGAAGAACAUAUUCAUGGAUCUUAGCCAAAAAUUUGCCGAUUUCAAACAUCCAAAAGCGUUCGAGGAGAAGAUCGAGAGGGUCGCGCACAGAUUGGGAGACUUAGAGAAUACGCUGGAUGACAUGACAGGAAUAGAAGCGAUAUUCUGUUCUGAAGCUUUGGCUGAAGCGAAAUCGUUGGUGAAAAAGCUGAUCGCAAUCGAAGAGGAUAUACAAAGCUUGGAAAAAGGGAAGGAACAACUAAUUCAGGAAGGAAUCUUUGACAAGGAAUCAGCAGCUCCAUUCGCCGAAAAAAUUCGACUAAGCAAGAAGAAAACGAAGGAGUUAGGCGUGAGAGCCGAAGAUGCUGUGGAACGUCUUGAAGACUGUGUUGAGAUGUAUAAUAAGCUGUUGAAAGAAUCUGAACAGGUGGAAGAAUUCCUUGAUCAACUGGAAAAUCGUUUGGAAAAAUAUGCAUCGGAGGACAAGUCAAACGACGAAGAGGUGGUGAACGAGCUGGUUAGCGAAUGGAACCGUCACGAGGCCUCGUUACGGAAUCUCGAGGAGCUCGAACGUCUACUUCGUGAAAAUGCCGUGAAAGUCAGCGAAGGAGUCUGUCUGGACAAAAGGCGUAGAGCCGACGCUCUAAAAAUGCGUUUGGACGGUUGGAGCAGAACUGUGCAGGAAAUGAACAACGAUGAAGAUACGCUACUAAUGCAGGUGGACGAGCUGCACACAUAUCUGGUUAAUGAAUUGGACAAAGCAAAGGAUAAAAAACCGGAAGAGAUCGCCAGCACCCUACGAUUCUUACGAGGCGAUCGUGAUCGUUUAUCAUCACGUGCACGAAAAUUGGCGGCGAUGAAUCCACGAAUCGCGAAUGCGAAUUUAUGCGGUGAUGUUGCGGAGCGUUGGACUCAGCUGGAAUCGCAACUUCAUGCUCCUGAAUCGACUAUCUCGACUCUGGGAGUUCACAUGAAGCCUGACCUACCGUUUCACCAACAGAUUGAUCUCCUUAAGAAAAGUUUCGAUCAGGCGAAACAGAGCUUAGAUUUCGAUGCGUCGCCUGUUUCGACCGUGAAUCAAUGGGAAGAGCGGGUUAAGGCUGUAGACCAAUUCCUUACUGAGACACGUUCGGUUUUGGAUGAAAUGAUUGAAAAAGGACGAAAUCUUGCGAAUAGCGGAAGAAUGGAGCUUGACAUCCAUGAAGCUAUCGAGAAACUCGAUGAUAUUGUCGAAGUCGCUGAUCAGUUGGACAUGGAAGUAGAAUCGCAGAAGACGGGUCUCGAACCACUUCUCGCCCAAUCCGAAGCGUUGGAGAGAGAUCUGGAAGCGGCCGAGACUGUCGUCGACACGCUGAUGGCGAGAAAACUUAGCGAUCCAGCGAUAGCAAGCGCGACUCGUAAGGAUCUUGCGGAUCGUGAUGCACAAUUCGCUGCGUUAUCGCAGCGUGCGGCUGCAAUUCAUGCUGCAUUGCCGGGAAAGUCAAGCGCCAGUCGCGACACUACACUCUCAACACUUGGCGAUAAAUUGUCGCAAUUGGAGUCAACGCUUAUCGCAUCGCAUGUGACGCCGUCGCGUUCGAUCGCAACCGCCACACCAAUUCGAACAUCACCUGAUCGGACAAGUAUGAGCAGUAUGGGACCGUUAGCUAUGGAAGUUGGUAACAUAACGGACGCGUACACUACCGAAGAAGAAGGCAUGAAAGAGGAGAAUUCAGAAGCAGGUGGUGGUGGAAAAGCCGAAAAGAAAGUUCGUCGGGCUCGUUCAUCAAGAGAAGAGUCGAUGGAGAAGCAAGAAAAACUUCAGGAAAAAGAAAUUCUUCCGAAAGACACGUCACCAAUUAACCAGGAUGAAGAAGAGCCUGUGGUUACGUUUACAGUUGGAGCAUCUUUUUCAACAAAAGAUUCCAAUUCUCCACCACAAGCAAAAGUUCGUAAAAUCAUAACACCGAAUGAUUCACGAGAGGCGAAGGAAACCGUGAGAAAGUCGGAAUCACAUGAACGAGCUGAGGAUAACGUCACAGAGGACGGAACUGUUGAAGCCACCGUAUCCGUUGCGUUCACUCAACCGACUACGGUACAAAUGUCUGUCGAAGAUGAACCAAGCGGCGAUGAGGACCUACCUGAAGUUGAAGCUGGCUCCCCAUCGUCACCGGAUGAAAUGGAACAGGUGUAUGCAAAUCUUGAUGAUAUUGAGGAAACCAUAGCAUCGGAUGAACAAUAUCCUAUGGAAAGGGUUGACGAUGUUGAGGAACGUUACUCGAAAAUGGCACUAGUACUGGAAGAUGCGCUGAAAAAAGUCGAGCAGCACCAAAUGACUAUGGACGUGCUGCAUGUCUCGCAUACACAGGACCGAGUCCAAGCGCUUAUGAAGGAUUUAACGGAUAGACGGGAAAAAGCGGUUGAAGAACGGAAAGAAUGGCAGGCGCUGCAACAUGUACUUUUCGAGGCUGAGAAAAGCGUGGCGAUCGGCGAUAACGCGAUGGAUCGGUUUAGUGGUCGACAAACGAGCCCUCCACUACAAGAACUGGAAGAGAGACAGAGUGCAGUUGAGGAGCUUCUUCCACGUACCGAAUCAUUGGUUUGCGACGCCGUACGACGUCUAAGCGUGAUUCUGCCACGAUUACGUGAGAACGGCGAUCGAGCGCAAGCGAUUCGUAAUCGCGUACGUGAUGUGGAGACACGAUUUCGCGAUCUGGUGCGGGCGGCUCGAGAGUCUCGCGUUCGUCUGGAUGCACGAGCAGUGGACCAAGGACAAUUGAAACAAGGCCUCGAAAAUUUGCAGUUUUGGUGUGACGAGACUGCAACAGAGCUAGAAGUGGAUUGUAAUCCGUACGAUGUGAAAGCUAUCGAGGAAGCGUUGAAGAUGGCCGCAUCCAAGAAUUCACAAAUUGCUGAAAAGAAAUCGGCUCUGAUUGCGCUCGAAGCGGCAAAGGAGCGAUUAAUUGCACAAGCCAGCGUCGAUCCCGCUUUGAAACACGAAAUUCGACGAGGUGUCAGCGAUGUGGCGAAGCGAAUCGCUGAUAUUCGUAGCGAUAUCGCCGAUCGUCUACAGAUACUUAACAAACAAAAACGUGACUGCGAUUUAUUCUGGCGACUCGUGGACGACGUCGCUCAUCGCGGUGCUGACCUUCAUCGACGAUGUGAAGCAAUUAACGAGGCCGUAAUCUUCGUUCCAUCACCGGAUCACGUAAUAUCAUGUCGUAGCGAUGCAAAAAUCCUCAAAUCCGACAUCGCAAAGAUCAAGGAACGUGUGCAGAAGGCCAACGCUGAUCAUCCGAAACUCGGCGGAAAAAACGAAAAAAAGUUGAUCACUGUGAUUACCACGUGCAAUGCGGCAAUCGCAGAUGCAUUGGCGCUGCCCGAGCCGCCACCAUCAACUGAUGAGUCACUUUUGGAUUCUUCUCAUUCCCAGAACACUAUUGUGGAUGCUACUGCUGGAGAGGCAAAGCUGCGAACGUCCACCAGCUCCGCUGCGGAAAUGUUAGAUGAAGAUGGUGAUCUCACCGAUGAAGGUACCGUUGAACCUGAAUAUCAGGGACGUCUUGAAUCGAUGUCUAAUGGUUCCACGAAAACCGACGAUAAGCAUGAUCCAAGAAUCCCACGUUUGAAUCCACGCGAUUCGGCGAACUGGCAAUCGUUGACACAACUACGACAUUGGCUGAAUGAACUUGAACGUGACGCUAGUCUUACGGUGGAUUUAGCGGAUACGGUAGCGAUUAAGGAAAUGGCUAAUACGGUACAGGGUAUCAUGGAUCAUAUCCGAAUGAAAGUAAUGGACGUUGUUGGUGUACAGGAUGCUAGUGGUGCCGAAGUAGUAAAGCACAAAGCUAGAGAGCUGAUUGAGGACAUGGAUCGAGUAGCACGACAAUGUGAGAAACGUCGCGUCACAUUGUUACAAAUGGCCGAACAAAGUCGUACGUGGAAUUUAGCACGCGACGCAGUCGAACUCUGGAUGCAGGAUGCGGACUCCGUGAUAGGUCAGAGACGUACGGAAGAGUCGUCAGAUGUUGUAAUGCGUGAAGAACUAACAUCCAUAGAAAAUCUCAUCAGCGAGCUGGAACAGAAAAAAGAAGCAAUUAAAGAUGUGAACGCCAAGGGUAACGCUAUGUUGGAUACCUAUACCAGGGACGAAGCGCAUAGUUUAAGCCAUGAGAUGAGUAAGCUGAACAUGCGAUGGAGUAAAUUCAACGAUAACUUACGAAUCCGUCGUGCAGUACUGGAAGCGACGUUACGUUCCCGUAACGAUUUCCAUACUGCAUUCAGUGAAUUCGAGGAUUGGUUGGAUAGGAUUGCUGGAAAUUUGGCUGAGUUGGAACGAUUCACCGCAAACUCACAGUCGUUGAAGGAUACAGCGAAACGACGUGAAUGGAUGCAAAUGCAUAAGGAACUGGAGACAGAGUUGAACGCACACGAAUCUGUGCUGAGAACUGUGGAAGAAAUGGGUAGAAAACUUGGCGCUGGUUUGGAUUCUGGAAAAGAACGUGCAGAAAUUCAAAAUAGGCUUGAAGCAGUAUCGCAACGUUGGAAAGAUGUUAAACGUACGGAAAUUUCCGUAAGAGAUCGAUUAGUGGAAGCAGAACAGGAAUGGGAAAAACUCACAAAAACCCUUUCCUCGUUACUCAGUUGGGUUGAAGACAAAAGCAAAGAGAUGUUAGCACAACAACCAGUUGGUGGAAGUCUAUCAGCUGUUAUGGCUCAAGGUGCUUGGAUGAAAAAUACUGAAAAAGAAAUGGAAAUGAAGGGGAUCCAAGUACGUGAAACGAUCACCAACGCGCAUUCGUUCCUGAUGCAACAUGAUCUUCGGCCAAAAAUGUAUCGAACUGGUGUGCUUGCCGACGAAGACGAACCUGAUUCCCGUGAUGUUGAACAACGUCGUUGUGGUCUACAAAUUCAUGUGGAUUGUGAAAAACUCAAAGAAAAAUGGGCCGAGCUGGGCACACAGUUUAGCGAAUGGGAUAAGGCCGUUCACGCAGCUGCAGUACGACUUCAGGAACUUGAACGCGCCCUGGCCGAGUGCCAACUUCAUCUGAGUUCUGUGGAAUCGGAGGUGGAGCGUUUACAACCGGUGGAACGGCUCCGUCUGGAGGAGCUGAAGGAUGCACGACGGCAAUGCGAAUCGCUAGCGACACAUGUGAAUGAUCUACGAAUCCAUGUGGACGAUGCGAACGACGCUUGUGGUCGUGUUCUGGCCGCUGACACUCCCUUGGACCAACAUCCUCGAAAUCAACUCGAUUCCGUAAAUCAGCGAUUCAUGGCGUUGAAGACGGCGCUUCGUGUUAGAACAGCGGCUCUUCGUAAUGCCCUCACAGAUUUCGGACCGUCAUCGGAGCAUUUUUUGAAUCAAAGCGUCACUUUGCCUUGGCAACGAGCUAUUUCAAAGACAAAUCAGCUACCGUAUUACAUCGACCAUACAACGGAAAAAACGCAAUGGGAACAUCCUGUAUGGGUUGAGAUGUCGAAGGAGCUCUCCCAGUUCAAUCGUGUGAAAUUCAUCGCUUAUCGUACCGCGAUGAAACUACGCGCGCUACAAAAACGACUAUGCCUCGACCUUGUUGAUAUUCCAAAGCUUGAGAAGUGUUUCUCACGUCUUGCGGGACUUUCGAACGAGGAAUCACCGGGUUUGGAAGGAAUGGUCAGCAGUUUAUUACCGUUAUUCGAACAACUUCACACGAAACAUCCACAAAUGGUUCGAAGUGUAGCGCUUGCUGUUGAUCUCUGUAUCAAUUUCCUUCUGAACCUUUUCGAUCCGUCACGUGAUGGAUUGCUUCGGGUUUUGUCAUUCAAAAUCGCCUUAAUCGUUUUUUCUAAUGCUCCAUUAGAGGACAAAUACAGAUUCCUCUUCAAUCUCGUUGCUCAGGACGGUCAAGCGGAUCAGAAGCACGUCGCCCUCCUGCUUUAUGACCUCAUCCAGAUCCCCAAAUUAGUCGGUGAAGCCGCAGCGUUUGGCGGUUCAAACGUAGAACCAUCUGUUCGAUCAUGCUUCGAGACGGUUCGACUGUCACCAUCCAUCUCCAUCGGCCCGUUCCUGGAAUGGUUAAAACAAGAACCACAAAGUGUUGUCUGGUUACCGGUGAUGCAUCGACUGGCCACAGCUGAAUUCGCUAAACAUCAAGCGAAGUGCAACGUGUGCAAAAUGUUCCCAAUAGUUGGACUACGUUACCGUUGUUUGCGUUGUUUCAAUCUGGAUCUAUGCCAGAACUGUUUCUUCAGUCAGCGUACGGCUAAGAAACACAAACUCAAGCAUCCUAUGCAGGAAUAUGCAGUGCCGACCACAUCUUCCGAAGAUGCUCGCGAUUUCGCUCGAAUGGUUCGAAACAAAUUUUCCAGAAGCAAGAGCAGUCUCGGAUAUUUGCCAGUUGAUGUCGGUGACGAAGGUCGACCACUAGCAGCGCCGCCAGCUGCAGCACGUAAUCCAGCCACGGAAGCAUUGCAUCAACGAGCUGCUGUCAUAUCACAUCGUCUUGCACAGUUGACCGCCUCACAACCAGCCGAACCAAGAGAUGAGCGUGUAGCGGAUGUACAGAGUCCUGCACAGCUUAUAAACCAGGUGGAACAGAUGCAGAAGGACGAGCUCGAUCAAGUGCUACAGCGACUUCAACUCGAGAAUAUGGAAUUGAAACGUGAGCUGGAACGACGAAAAACUGCCGCCACAAGCACACCGGAUUUAGAUCGUACCGUUUCGCCAACCAGACGAAGCGAAACCCGAGGUGCAACAUUACCUCGGCUAUCCGGACAAUCCGCAUAUGUGAGGAGUGUGCCAUCGCUUAAAAGCGCCCAAAGUCAAAGUGAUGUGAUGGAUGAAGCGCGAGCUUUGCGUUUACACAAACAACGCCUCGAGCAUCGUUCCAGAAUAUUGGAACAACAGAAUGAACAAUUAGAGUUACAGUUGCAAAGAUUGAAGAAAGUCAUAGAACAGCAGAAACAAAAUGGGUCCCGAACGGACUGGAGUACGGAGCGGGAUUGGACAGAACGACGAUCGCAUCCUACAUUCAUUUCUCCACACGAAGACAAUGGACUAUACGAUACGUCCGCUCGUUCACGUGGAUCCGAAAGAGGUGGUGGUUGGGAGGAGGAGGACGGACUAGGUCCAGAUUCCGGUAGCCGUGGCACACGGAUGCAAUCCCUGCUGGCAACUGUUGACGAUCUCGGACGAGCGAUGGAGAAUUUGGUGGUGUCCGUUGUGUACGAUAGCGAUCAGGAACAAUAG